AUGCUGCCUGCAACCUUCAAACUGUGUGCUGGCAUCUCCUACCGGCACAUGAGGAACAUGACAGGUUUGAGAAAGAAUGCAAUGGUGGCCAUUCACAAUGAGCUGAACAGACUGGCAGGUCCGGGCCCCAGUAAGUGGAUCAGCCAAGUCCGCCGACGAAGCUCCUUUCUCAGUUCACGGAUUGAGGAGGAGGAAGGGUACAACGAGGAGGAGAUGUCUUAUGUGAAGCAAGGGGAGAAUGCACUGCAGAAGGCCAUCAGCAUCCUCGGUGAACAGGAGGGCUGGACCGUUGAAACUGUGGCUGCAAAUGGAGACAAAGUCCUGAGUAAGAUGUUGCCUGACAUUGGGAAGGUGUUCAAGCUGGAGGUGAUGUUGGAGCAGCACCAAGACAGUCUUUACGAGGAGCUGGUGGGAAACAUGGAGCAAAUGGGGGAGUGGAACCCAAAUGUCAAAGAAGUUAAGAUCCUUCAAAAGAUUGGCCAGGACACCAUGAUAACCCAUGAGGUCGCUGCAGAGACACCUGGUAACGUUGUGGGGCCAAGGGACUUUGUCAGCGUUCGUUGUGCCAAGCGUCGAGGCUCCACCUGCUUCCUGGCUGGAAUGUCAACUCAGCACCCGAAUAUGCCUGAGCAGAGGGGUGUGGUGAGAGCGGAGAACGGGCCCACCUGUAUAGUUAUGAAGCCCUGCCCUGAAGACCCAAAUAAGACCAAGUUCACCUGGUUACUAAAUAUAGAUCUCAAGGGCUGGAUCCCAAAGACAAUCAUAAACAAAGUGCUCUCUCAGACACAGGUGGACUUUGCCAACCACCUCAGGCAAAGGAUGGCUAAUAAUGUUUCUAUGGAGAUGGCUCAUGCCUGCUGA